UUCCAUUCCUUAGAGCGCGCUGGGCCUUGAGGAUUUAAGUCUAGGACUCGAGGGGAGAUUUCUCUUUGCAGAGACUUUCUAGCACGUGGCGUAGGAUUGUGGAAUCUAGCUGCUCCAAACCUAACCUGCCAUGGCCAGCCACCCCAAAGGAGAUGGAGACCCCAUAACUAAGGAGGUCUGGGCCUCUCAUAACAAGAUGGUGGUGGAGCCACUGGACACCAAUGACCCAGAGGUCUUCAACAUCAUCAGGAAGGAAAAACAGCGGCAGCAGCUCGGCUUGGAACUGAUUGCAUCUGAGAACUUCGCCAGCCGAGCUGUUCUGGAGGCCCUUGGCUCCUGCAUGAACAAUAAAUAUUCGGAGGGAUACCCAGGACAAAGAUACUACGGCGGGACAGAGUUUGUGGAUGAGCUGGAGAGACUGUGCCAGAAAAGAGCACUGGAGGCUUAUGGGCUGGACCCACAGAAGUGGGGAGUCAAUGUCCAACCCUACUCAGGGUCUCCUGCAAACUUUGCGGUAUACACUGCCUUAGUAGAGCCCCAUGGAAGGAUCAUGGGCUUGGAUUUGCCCGAUGGGGGUCACCUGACACACGGCUUCAUGACAGACAAGAAAAAGAUCUCAGCCACCUCAAUCUUCUUUGAGUCCAUGCCCUACAAGGUCAGCCCUGAAACUGGUUACAUUGACUACGAUAGAUUGGAAGAAAAUGCCCGCUUGUUCCACCCAAAGCUGAUCAUUGCAGGGGUCAGUUGCUAUUCACGGAACCUGGACUACGCCCGCAUGAAGAAGAUCGCAGAUGAGAAUGGAGCGUACCUGAUGGCUGACAUGGCCCACAUCAGCGGCUUAGUGGCAGCCGGCGUGGUGCCAUCACCUUUCGAACACUGCGACGUGGUCUCGACCACAACUCACAAGACAUUGCGGGGAUGCCGAGCUGGCAUGAUCUUCUACCGGAAAGGUGCCUGCAGCGUGGAUGCAAAAACCGGGAAGGAAAACCUGUACAACUUUGAAAGCCUCAUCAACCAAGCUGUGUUUCCUGGUCUACAGGGAGGACCUCACAACCACGCCAUUGCAGGAAUUGCUGUAGCUCUGAAGCAAGCCAUGACUCCGGAAUUCAAAGCUUAUCAGAGGCAGGUUGUUGCCAACUGCAAGGCUUUAUCAAAGGUCCUCGUCAGCUUGGGAUACCACAUUGUUACAGGUGGCUCUGACAACCACUUGAUCCUGGUGGACCUGCGCAACCGAGGCACUGAUGGAGGGCGAGCCGAACGAGUCCUCGAACUCUGCUCCAUCGCGUGCAACAAGAACACCUGUCCAGGGGACAAGAGUGCUUUGCGCCCCAGCGGGCUGAGGUUGGGGACCCCAGCUCUCACCUCCAGGGGAUUCGUGGAAGAGGACUUCCGAAAAGUCGCUCACUUUAUUCAUAAAGGCAUAGAACUCACCUUGCAGGUCCAGAGCGAUAUGAGCCCCAAAGCAACUCUGAGAGAAUUUAAGGAGAAGCUGGUGUCUGAUGAGAAGUACCAAGCAUCGCUGAGAUCCGUCAAGGAGGAGGUGGAGGCCUUUGCAGAUUCCUUCCCGCUCCCUGGCUUGCCUGUUCUAUAAGGAAAUGCCGUGACUGCGCUCAGCCCCAGAAGAACCGCAAAGAAACCCACACCUGGAAUGGUAGCGAAUCUUCUUGGCUGCUUUGAAGCUUGGGUUGUUGGGUCAAGCUGCUCUCCAUCAAACUGAAUUUAGGAGGGAUAAAGGCACCCCCAGUGACCCCUUUUAUUUACCGUUCCUACCAGCAGGGCUAAAACCUCUUUACCCAACCUCUUCCCCCACCCCUUUUUUAAAUGUUGCAAUGAGUACAGACCCCAGAAAGAAAGAGGCACAUCCAAAGAAGUUACAAACCCUUCAUUGGUGGUAUGAACCACCGUAUUAAUGGAUAUCCCAAAACCAUACCAUUGUCAGUGUUGAAGAGACUUGCCACACAAUCACUGCGGAUUGAAAUCCAAAGGCAGUAAAAAGUACAGUAUACAGGAUUAACCUUGACCAAAGCUGGUCCUGAAGUGCGAGAGGCUGAGAGAUGGCAAAAGCGGAUGAUUCAGUGCCAAUCAGCAACUCAAAACUCCUCUUACAUUUGAAUAAACAUUAAAUUCGGUCCCAAACAGGAACGAAUCUGAA